CGGAUGCUGGCAGUGGCAGCCGUUAGGCUCCGAACAGUGUGGAAAAUUCAGUCGAUCAUGUUGUGGGUAGUAGUAGAGAGGGGCUAGCCAGCGGGGCUCAGAACAAAGACAUAUAUAGCUGGCCAAAUGCCCCUCUUUGUUUUCAGAAUCAUCUCCCAACCGUCUCUCCAACUCCAAACAAAAUCCAACAAACUUCCAAUACUUCUUCCUCUCAAAAUAUCUUAACUUAUCUUCAAUUCCAACAUCUACACAAUGCCUCUCGACACCGGUCUCCAGGGCGCCCACGUCCUCAUCACUGGCGGUACCCGUGGUAUGGGUCAGGCCAUGGUGCGCCAAUUCCUCCGUGAAGGUGCCAACGUCUCCUACUGCGCCCGUACUGUCACCAACACCGAAUACGACGACGUCCACCAGUCUCUGCCUGAGGGCAACAAUGCCCGUGCCUUUGGAACUGCCUUUGACGUUGCCUCCAAGGAAGCCAUUGUGAACUGGGUCAACGCCUCUGCAGAGCGUCACGGACGCAUCGAUGUUCUCAUUGCCAAUGCAUCCCCCAUGCACAUGGAAGGCGAGACAGAACAUUGGGAGAGCAGCUUCGCCAUCGACGUGAUGGGCUUCGUGGAGUUUGUCAGAGCCGCCGAGCCCUACCUGAUCAAGUCUCCUCAGGCCUCCGUCAUCGUCCAGAGCUCCUUCAUGGGCCGCGAGUUCUACCGCAGCCCUCCGGCCGCGUACGGACCCUGCAAGGCCGCGCAGCUGCAGCAUGUGCAGGAGCUGUCGCACUACCUGGGCCCCAAGGGUGUCCGUGUCAACGCCAUCUCGCCUGGUCCUGUUCUCUGCGAGGGUGGCCCGUGGGAGAAGUACUCGAAGCUGAUGCCCGAGUGGGUUGAGGAGCAGCGAUUGAAGAUUCCCCUCAAGCGAUUGGGAGGGCCCCAGGAGAUCUCGAACGUUGCUGUUUUCUUGGCCAGUCCGUUGUCGAGCUUUGUCACUGGUACCAACAUCCUGGCUGAUGGAGGUAUCCACGUUGGCACACAGUUUUAGAUGUAUAUAGCAGUGAUG